GUACUGCUCUUUUAGAUAUCGCGUUAUUUCUCACUUGUGAUCGUCAAUAACACCGAUCCCAGUCAGUAAACCCAGUGGUAACAUAUGCUAUCAACUACACCACGUUGCGACGUACUGAGCUCACAUGCCAGACGGGCUCAUGCAUAUACCAUCUUGGGUGCAUCUGAAUCGUGCACUGCUAUUCCUCCGAUCUGAUAUAUACUAGCCGUCUUCUCUCUGCCUUCUUUCCCCCCUCGAUGCGCUCAUCGAAGUCCCAGGUGGCCACUUCCACAGCCAGUCUAAUCACCGUCAACGUUUGCGCCCAACAUUGACUUAUAUAUGUCUUUCGUCGGGCUACCACCGUCGGCAGCGCGCUUUUGCUUCGUGCUUUCAUUUUUUCUUCGUUUCUCUUGUAUAGCUGCGAAGCUCUUCAAUAUUACGAUUGACGACUCGGGCAAAGAUCCAGUGACCGGCGCGCUGAUUCAAUAUCUACCCAACCUCACUUUUUGGCACCCCUCCGAACAGCCUUGCAGUGGAUGCACUGCGCAUCCGGAUCCAACACAGGCAUUCGAUGGUACUUGGCAUGAUUCUUCCUUUGAUCCAGCUAUAGGCAACACAGUGACUUAUGUAUAUGUUCCGUUCACUGGCACCGCGAUCUAUGUUUUUGGCAUCGUCGCACACACCUCCGCCUCACCCAACGCGAACGCCGACCAGCAGUUUCUAAUUGACAGUCAAGUUGUAGGGCAAUUCCAGCUACAGCCUACUGGCAGCACUGUCUAUGAUUAUAAUGUCCCUAUAUAUGUGAACGAGUCCCUCCCAAAUGGGCUCCACAAUUUGACG